CGGAGAGGAGACGCUAGACGCCCCUGCAUCAUGACACACAGCUGAUCAGUCGGCUCGCGGCGCACGUAUGUUGCGAGCGCGUAGAUAGAUAGUAGGCGCGUUAUACGCGGGGGAACGGAAUGACGGCAUUGUGACGGCGAGCGGCGGGGUUCAUGUACGUAUACCGGUGUCGCUACGCGUUCUCUAUGCGUCUGGACAACGACGAGGACGACGAAGACGGCGAGGUAGUCGGUAGUCAGCUCGGGUCGAGGUAUCAUUGCGACGGGACGGUCGUUCGGCGAGACCGAAAGAGGAACGGAACGGCCCGGUCGAUCGACGAAACGACGGGGUCUAUGACUGAAACGGCGGCGGAUGGUUGCGGAAAAGAAGGAAACUGGAGGAAACAGGAGGAAACAGGAGGACCGACGACGCCGUCGCUCUGGCACGCUCAGGUUCCUGAUACAAGCUCGCGGGCAUUUCGAGAGAGCGCAGGACGCCGUUCGUAUCAUUGUUGUACGUGUCUCCCCGCGGUCGCGGUAUCUACGUAAUCUAUCUAUCUACUUAUCUACACCGCGGAUGAAUAUUCAUCCGGAGCGCGCGCGCAACGAGUGAUAAAGAGCCCGGAGAUCACGGCGAAAGGGCAGAGAUAGAUAUCCAGAAUAGAAUCAGGAAGGAAGGAAACCGCGACGGCUAUUGCCCUCUUCUCCUGUCCUCUUUCUUCUCAUCUUUAAGUCUCUGCUUCUCUCUCUCCGAUAUCUUUUCGUUUUGCAUUUAACUCUCGCGCUACUGUUGAUAGCACACAUAUACACGUGUAUUUUAUAUAUACAUAUAUAUAUAUAUAUCUGGUGGUGUGAUCGGUCCCCGCGUUUUUAUCUCUACCAGCUGUGUGUAUGGACGACCGCGUGUGUGUUUUUUCGUGUGUAUGGUACGCGCGCACGAGUCGCGAAUAAAGGUCGAUGACGAUGCAACGAGUUCAAGAUCAGGACAAUGGGAUCAACAUCAAAUUCGGCUCGGGUAAAUCCCGAAAGGGCGACUACCGGCUGGUAUCUCAGGACUCUGACAACAAUAAAGAUCGCCUAAAUGGGACCAAUAAAUCAGAGAAAGAAGAAAAGAUAGAGGAGGAGUUAAUCCCACCGGAUGGAGGCUGGGGAUGGUUAGUACUUUUAGCCUCUGUCAUGGUUAAUCUUCUCAUCCCUGGUACUAUAAAGUCCUUUGGAGUAUUGUUCGUCGAAUUUCUCGAUGUAUUUAAUGCGUCACCAGCAGCAGCUGCGUGGAUACCAUCACUCUGUUAUUUUCUAUAUAGUUCGCUGGGCCCAUUCUCUAGCAUACUUUCGGUCAAGUAUUCUUAUCGUACGGUAACUCUAAUAGGGGGGACAUUUGCCGCGGUGGGGAUGAUGCUAAGCUAUUUCGCGGACUCUGUGGCCUUUCUAUGCGUAAGUUAUGGUGUACUAGUAGGUACGGGAGCGGGAUUAGCGUUUCCCCCAACUGUAUAUAUCGUGACGUCUUAUUUUGUACGGCGACGAGGACUUGCCAAUGGACUCUGCAUAUCCGGCAGUGCGUUAGGCUCAAUAUUUCUUCCACCCGUUUUGGGUUUUCUUUUACGAGAAUAUGGUUAUAGAGGCGCAGUAUUAAUAAUGGGUGCUGUCACAUUAAAUGUGUGGGCGAGCGCACUUCUGUAUCACCCCGUGGAAUGGCAUAUGGUACCAGCUCGGUCUCCGGGUGACAAUGAUGAAUGCGACGAUAGGGAAAUCGUCAAUAGCAGCCCGGAGCAAAUGACCGAGAAGAGCAAUAGCCAACUGCUAUCGUCGAACUCAACGAGCGAGAAGGCCGCGCCGAUCGUACCGAAAAGUGCGUCAAGCGUUGCGUUAGAAUAUUACAAGAAUACACCAGUGCAGAGUCGCACGCGAAAGAUCAGCGUACCUGUCGGACGCGAGAUCAGCGGCCAGAUGCACAGCACGCCGACGUUGCACGCUGUGCCAGAAGGGUGUAGCGCCGUGACCGAUUCCGGCAAAUACUCUAGGACAUCCGCGAAAUCACCGAUGAACUCGCCCAGCACAUCGUCCUUCAAUUACGUCAGUACACCGUAUCACGGUAGCACUCUAUCGGUCCUGCAUCCGGAACGUGCAUCUACAUUGACGCUAAACGCUAUUUCUAGUACAUUCACUAGAAAAUCAACGACGAUCAGUGGGGAACAAAAGCGGUAUGAGGACGACGAAAAAAGCCAACAGAACAAAUUUUUCGAUCUCAGUCUGCUCAAGGAUCCUAUUUAUCUCGUUAUUCUUAUUUCCAACUCUACCAAUGCCAUCAGCUACACCAACUUUGUCAUUUUGCUACCGGCCUACGCCAUUUCUCUGGGUUUCGAGAACUGGGACGCGUCAUUGCUGUUGUCAAUCGUCUCUAUGCUUGACUUGGUGGGCCGCAUCGGUGGCUCCGCCCUUUCCGAUAUUAAAAUUAUGCCUAAACAUUGGUAUUUCGUUGGCGGUCUACUUGCUUCUGGCGUUUCUUUGGCCAUUUUACCCACUUCCAAUUCGUAUAUUAUGCUGUCCGUUUAUUGCUCCUUUUUUGGUCUUGCGUCCGGUGUCUAUGUUGGUAUCACCGCCGUUAUCAUGGCCGACAUGCUGGGAACCGAGAAGCUCACCUCGUCUUACGGUAUUUCGUUAUUCGUCAACGGUGUUAUUCAACUGGUAGGGCCACCCAUUUGCGGCAUAGUGUACGAACAAAUCGGCAGCUACGGACCGAUCUUCAGUAUACUUGGCAUUAUUCUGGUAUUUGGCGCGUCUCUUUGGGGUAUUGUCCCAUUCAUUCGACGAAGACAGGCAGCGUUAGAGAAAUCCGCCAAAAUAGAUAAAGUAUAGUAGACUAAAUAAACACAAAGUAAAAUAUGACAGUUGUCCAUCAUUAAUACUGGACACUCUUUUCGUAAUUUUACAUUUUAAAAUCUGAAUUUUAAAUU